AGACAGGCGCCAUGUUUGAUAUGAUCAAGGAAUGGCGCCCUUAAGAGCAUCCAGUGACAACUGAAGCCAGGAUGUCGCCAUAUUUUCUGAAGACACCUUCCGGGUCCCUUAACCCGGCUGUCUUAAGUCCAAGCUGCCGUGAAGUGAAUAAACACCGAGGGGUUUUGUUUGUCCCCAUCCCAACCCCCGAAUCCCUCGCAGCCAAUCCCUGCUACCUCGGUGCCCUCGACUGCGUUCGGACGCCAAGGCUGGGCGGGGCCCCGACCUCCGGAGCCCUUGCUGUGGACGACGAAAGCUGAGGCCGCGCGCGGGGAGGCGGUGGCCUCGGGGACAAGGCGGCCGCUACUCGGGGCCGGGAGGCCCCAUGGCGCCGCCCCCAGCCCCGCUUCUGGCGCUGAGACCGGGGGAGACCGGGCCUGGUUACAAGAAGCCCGGGGCCGUGAGCUUCGCGGACGUGGCCGUGUACUUCUCCCCCGAGGAGUGGGGCUGUCUGCGGCCCGCGCAGAGGGCCCUGUACCGGGACGUGAUGCGGGAGACCUACGGCCACCUGGGCGCGCUCGGAUUCCCAGGCCCCAAACCAGCCCUCAUCUCUUGGAUGGAACAGGAGAGUGAGGCUUGGAGUCCCGCCGCCCAGGAUCCUGAGGAGGGGGAAAGCCUGGGAGGAGCUCUGAGAGGAGACACCCCAAACAAGAAGGAAGAGGCACCGCAGGAAGGGCCAGGAGCCAAGGGACCCAGAAAGCCUCCCGGGAAGGAGCCGUCUAAAGAGCUGGUUAAACACAGCCCUGACUGGACCAUCGGACAAUUUUCGGCCAGAGCGCAGCGGCCCACGAGUGCUGCCUGCAGCCAGAGCACAGGCGUGCAGCCAUCGGGCCCGGCGCCCGGCCUGGGCACACAGGACAGCCAGCGGCGACACGUGUGUGCGGACUGUGGCCGCCGCUUCACCUACCCCUCACUGCUGGUCAGCCACCGGCGGAUGCACUCGGGGGAGCGGCCCUUCCCCUGCCCGGAGUGUGGCAUGCGCUUCAAGAGGAAGUUUGCCGUGGAGGCGCACCAGUGGAUCCACCGCUCCUGCUCGGGGGGGCGGCGGGGCCGGAGGCCUGGGAUCCGGGCUGUGCCUCGGGCUCCGGUGAGGGGUGACCGGGACCCUCCCGUGCUGUUCCGACACUACCCGGACAUCUUUGAGGAGUGCGGGCUGCGGUGUCGAUGGAUGGGAAAGGCAAAAGGCUGGAGGCCCAGAGAUCAGCCAGGCUACCCAGGCCUAAAUCAGCAAGAGCCUGGGCAAGAGGAGCCCACUGCAUGGAAUCGUAUAGGUGACGAGAAGCAGCUCUUCCCGUCGCGGCCAUUUUGGCUGAGGGCUCGGGGACAAAGCCACCUGGAGACCCCGGGGGAGGCGUCAUCGGGGCACCGUGGCGUAGGAGCAACGUUCGCGCGGCGCGUUGCCGCCAUUUCUGUCCGAUGCUCUGGGUCCCUUGCGCUCGCGGCUCUUGGUGCUUGGCCUCCCUGCUGGGCGCUCGAGGGGCGGCCUGCUGCGCUCGCGGCCUUCCGGAGCGCGGACCCCGGCCCGGCCCUUGCCAUGGCGCCGCCCCCGGCCCCGCUGCCCGCGUGGGAACCGGACGGCGCCGGGCGCGAGCGGAGGGGGCCGGGCGCCGUGAGCUUCGCGGACGUGGCCGUGUACUUCUCCCCCGAGGAGUGGGGCUGUCUGCGGCCCGCGCAGAGGGCCCUGUACCGGGACGUGAUGCGGGAGACCUACGGCCACCUGGGCGCGCUCGGGUUCCGAGGCGCCAAGCCAGCUCUCAUCUCCUGGGUGGAGGAAGAGGCCGACCUGUGGGGCCCGGCUGCCCGGGAUCCGGAGGUGGGAGAGUGUCUGACAGAAGCAGACGCAGCAGAUUCCAGAAACAAGGAAGAGAAAAGACAAAGAGGAGGGACUGAGGCCCCGGAGAAGAGCCCUGCUGUGCAAGCUCGGCCUCCUGGGCCGAAGGCUCCAACCCACCCUUCUGCUGGCUUCCCUGACAGCUCGGGGCAGCCGGCCAAGGCACCCCGCCGGGGUCGCCCCCCGCUCUGUGCGCAUCCCCCUGUCCCAAGAGCCGACCAGCGUCAUGGUUGCUACGUGUGCGGGAAGAGUUUUGCCUGGCGUUCCACGCUGGCGGAGCAUCUGUACACGCACACGGGGGAGAAGCCCUUCCGUUGCCCCGACUGCGGCAAGGGCUUCAGCCAGGCCUCCUCUCUGAGCAAGCACCGGGCCAUCCACCGAGGGGAGCGGCCCCACCGCUGCCUGGACUGCGGCCGGGCCUUCACGCAGCGCUCGGCCCUCACCACUCACCUGCGGGUGCACACGGGCGAGAAGCCCUAUGGCUGUGCUGACUGCGGCCGCUGCUUUAGCCAGAGCUCUGCCCUCUACCAGCACCAGCGGGUCCACAGUGGCGAGACUCCCUUCCCCUGCCCGGACUGUGGCCGCGCCUUUGCCCAUGCCUCGGACCUUCGGCGCCACAUACGCACCCACACGGGCGAGAAGCCCUACCCGUGCCCAGAGUGUGGGCGCUGUUUCCGACAGAGCUCCGAAAUGGCAGCCCAUCGGCGUACCCACAGCGGCGAACGCCCCUACCCCUGCCCUCAGUGUGGCAGGUGCUUUGGCCAGAAGUCAGCCAUGGCCAAGCACCAGUGGGUCCACAGGCCUGGUGCCGGGGGGCACAGGGGCCGGGGGGCCAGUGCAUUGCCUGUACCUCUGGCCCCUGGCCAAGGGGACCGGGACCCUCCUGUGGGCUUCCAGCACUACCCAGAAAUAUUCCAGGAGUGUGGGUGAUGGUCCUAAAGAUGUCAAGGCCGGGGGUGAAGAUCUAGACGUUGCCUGAGGCCCAGGUUGGGCUCAGGGGCCUGAACCUCUGUGGCAGCUCCAGGGAGGUCACACAAUUCCAGGCAAGAGGUGGACCUGGGGGAUGAGGACCCUCUUGUCUUAGGCCUUCACGAGCUUGAUCUGCUGACACCUUGCUCCCUACUGUCCCAGACUCUAGAAGCCCCCUCUGCUCCGUUAGGGCUGAGGUAAGCACCUGCACGAGACCUCCGCUGUGGGGAAGAAAAGGCUGUUUCUCCACUUAGACACGUUAAGAGGAUUGAGGUAGAAGGGAAGUUCGCUGUAUCGGUUGUCUUUACUGCAGGCGUUAAAAACUGACGGCCUUGUACUGAAUCUGGCUCGUGGCAACCUUUUACAAAUUAUUUUGGGUCCAACCAGCAUUUAAAAAUGUUACAAAUCAUGGUUAAGACUUAAAAGGAUAUUUCACACAAAAAUUCAGGUUUCUGGCCUCUUGAAAAAUUCAGGGAUUUGGCAACUCGACCCGAGCUCCCACAAAGGAAAGGGUGGCAGGAAGCGCAGGGCAGCUGUUCCGCCUGCCCACCAGCCCUUCCCGGCUUGCCACCAGCGUUAGCUGGCCCUCGUCCUUGCUUGUCCGUGUCCCCAGUGCAGCAGGCCCUCUCCAUCGGGCAUUUUCCCCUUGUUUACGUGACCCGUUGGGCUCCUGUAGUCAUUUGAGUUUGCAGACUGGUGGAUAGCAUUCAUGUUCUAUUUUAUUUUUUAUUUAUUUUUAUUUUUUUAAAGAUUUCAUUUAUUUAUUUGACAGAGAGAGCGAGAGAGCAGAAGCAGGGGGAACAGUAGAGGGAGAGGGAGAAGCAGGGAGCCCAAUGUGGGGCUCAAUCCUAGGACCCUGGGAUCAUGACCUGAGCCGAAGGCAGACGCUUAACCUUCUGAGCCACCCAGGCGUCCCACAUUCAUGUUGUCCUGACCCAGGGAUUCAGGUUGACAGCACCCGUGUGAAAGGGCAGGAGAAGAGAAGGAAACGCAGGCUUUAUUUCAGAUGUCUGCUUGUAUCACGUUCUCUGGUUUACAAAGUACUGUCUUGUCCAUCAGCUUGGACCUUGUCCAUGUAGCUUGGAAAGGACAGCCCAGUCAGGAAGAGGCUGUCAGGACUCUGUAUUUUGCCCCAAACCGAGAGGUAUCUCUGCCACGCCACGAUAGGCCUCUUGGCUAACCGGCAGUUCCUGGUUUUGAAGAGGAAGGCUCUGAGUGUGCCCUCCAGUCCUCCUUGAGCCUCCCUGGGAGAGCCCUACUGCUUGGGCCUUAGCCACCAGCCAGCCAGCCAGGAGGGCCUCAUCACAUUUUUGACCUGGAAGAGAUCUUAGCUUUUCUAUCUUUUUGCAUUUGGGGACUCAGACUGGGGAAGGCCAAACGACCCAUCCAAGGUCACAGACAGAGUGAGUGAGCCUCCAGGGUUCUUGGUGGACUGCUGUCUUUACCACACCACGCCUGAGUUCCUUGCCCGUGUCUCAGCCAGGGUUCUGGAGCAAUCUGCUCCCUCCCUCCGACAGCUCCCAAGCAAUGACCUGGACUAGGGACAGAGCAACCCAGUGUCAGUGAGGCCCACUUACAAGAUGAUAGGACAGCCACACAGCAAAGCAAGGCAAGGGAGAAACCAGCCUGAGAUGCGAGUUCCAGGGCAAACAGAAGCAAAGCUUGCCUCUUCUCAAGUACCUCUCAUCAUGAACAAAGAGGGACAAGGCCAAGAACAUUUGGGGUUAGUAGCCAAGGGAACUGCUCAUCUGUAUUCCCAAGCCGUGUCACUUGUGACUCCAUUAUCCAUCAGCCACCCAGUUCCCCUGUGGUCAGAGUCCAGCCUUGUCCCAGUGACGCCGCCACCAGCCACGGGCCGACCCAUUCCUGCCUCCUUCACCUUCACUUCAAGGAGUAAUAGCAGGGGCUUAUGUCUUCUGCGGGUCUGUGCGCACCCGCCUUCUUCACCCAAAUCUGCCCCAUGUCCUGUCUGGCCUACCUUAGGAAGAAACCAGAUUUGUCAACCUAGAGAAACUUCUAAAGGAAGAGGUAGAAAAUCUGGGGGGAAAGACACUGUUCAGGUGAAAUAAUCAACUGAAUUGAUAGCAAUUUAAUCUUCAGAUCUGACCCCAUCAGGACCUGGCUUACCCUAAACUUUACUGGGAGGGUUGGCUCAGGUGCCAUCUUGUCACAAAGGGGA